AUGCUGGAGCUGGAUGGAAAUCCACAGGAGACGAUCAACGCCGUCUCUGUCUGCCUUGUCAUUGGGCUCGUGGGAGUGCCCGUGGCUUCGCAAGCUGCCGCGACGAUAUGGAACCGAUUUCGGUACAAAAAGGAUAGCCAGGCUGGGAAAUCCCAUGGCGAGGUGGAUCCGGGCAGCAGCAGACCGGCUGCGUGGGUGGUGUCCUUGCUCAUCUACAGCUACUUAUUGCUGAUUCCGGCAUUGUGCAUGACUCUCUUUAACAUGAUGAUCGGAGCCGUGGAUGCCGUCGUCUUGGAAGCCAAAUCUGAGAGUACCUUCGGCCUCGUCAGCCUGCUUGCUGAGACCGGCUCUUGGACAGGAGCUGUCCUGGUCACCAUUUUCGCCAUAGUAAUCCCCCUGCUGAAGCUGUACCUCUUGCUUCACGCAGAAUGUAUCCGACGCAGCAAGGAUGUGCGGCAAGUCUCUCGGGCCCGACACUAUAUCGGUUUUGUUCAAGUGAUCUCCAAGUGGGCAUGCCCGGACAUGAUUGCCUACAUUUUCCUUCUUUACUUGGUGCGGCACUUGAACCGACCACCCAUCAAUGGCCUCUUCACGCUGGACAUCGGAUUUGCAUGCUAUACGCUGUUCUGUUGGGGGUCAACCAUCUCAUCGUUGGGUAUUCACCCACCCAGGCUGCCAGAUGAGUCCCGCAAGAUGGAGCUGCGCUCGCCAGCUGACCCUUUCACCAUCAAGAUAUUCGGAAAGAAAGGAGCUGCGGCUCUCAUGCUGUUGCUGUUCAUGAUCUUUGCAGUGCUUUUCAUCUUGGGGAUGAGGUGGCCAGUGCUGGGGCUUCGCCUCGAUGCGAAGAUUCUGAAGCAGAACGGGCUCCCGCCGUGGCAGAUCCGUGUCAUGGAGGACAUGCACGUAGCAGAGCAUGCCAAAGCCGAUGUGACGAUCUUUCAGUGCCUGCAGCAACUGGCAGAUUUCCAGGCCGAAGCCUUUGAUGCCAGUGCGCUUCUCGCAAUCAUCAUGCUCGCCGUGUUUGUGAUUGCCCUGCCUGUACUGGACAUGUUGACGAUUGCAAUCUCCUCGCUGCGUUUUUUCGUCAGUGAUGCAGCUGCGAUUGUUCUUGAGGAGGCUGGCUUCUCUCUGGUAAAGCUGUCAAGGCGAUUGAGAAAGCUGGCAAUGUUGGAUGUAUUGCUUCUCGGUGUCAUUGUCGUCGUUUUGAGUGCUUCCAUAUAUCGCAGCCAAGGCAUGGUCUUAUUCCCAGGAUGGGGCCUUCUGGUCCUCACUGGUGCUGAGUUGGCGCACUAUGCUGCCGGCUGGGCACUCUGGGGCCUGAGUGUGGUGCGGCCACCUGCUUUCGAGGCGAAAGCCCUGGACCACCCAUCAUCUGGGACCGAAACCACUCUGGAAGAAGUACCUCCGGUCCAGGAAAAACAGCUCCGAAGAUAUUUGAUGCAGACUUUAGCAGGUGCUGUCAUCGCAUUCGGCACGAUCUCGUCGGUGGGCAUCCAAACACCGCUGCCGGAUGUCAGGUUGCAAUUGCCCAUUGACGAAUUUCGAGACAGGAUUUUGCAACAUAUACGCGAAAAUCGGGUCACCCAUAUCCAGGGAGAGACUGGCUGCGGCAAGUCUACUCGUCUGCCACAAUUUAUCCUCGAGGCCGGCAAACUGCACCUUUUCAAGGUUCGCAUGGUAGUGACACAGCCAAGGCGGAUGGCCGCUGUGACGCUAGCAAAGCGUGUCGCCUCCGUUCUCGGCGAGGAGAUUGGACAGGGAACCGUUGGUUACAGGAUCAGUGGUGACACCAUCAACGGCAAGCUAUGUUUCGUGACGGUGGGAUACCUCUUGCAGAGACUGGUCAACAACCCCGAGGAUUAUCAGCGCUACACGCACGUGGUCUUAGACGAGGUGCACGAGCGCGGUGUGGACGCUGACCUCCUUUCCCUGGUCAUCAAGCUGUUAAUGCACUGUUGCCCCACCGUGAAACUUGUUGUGAUGUCAGCAACCCUUCAAGCCACGCUUUUCGCCGACUAUUUUUCAUCGCUCCAUCCUGGGAGACGGUCUCCGGAGGUGCUGGCAGUUGGUGCGCGAUGCCAUCCGGUUGAGCAGCUUUUCCUGGAUGACUUGCAGCAGCAGCUGGAGCCUGAGAGUUCACAUCAGCUCGACCUGCACUUCGUAGCCCACAGUGCGGGCAGACAUUCUUCUCGUAACAGCAGCAUCGAACCUAUAUUGAUUUCUUGA